AUGGAUGGAGCCUCAGCUAUCAUCACUUUCGUUGUUGUUGCCUUGCAGUCGGCUAAAGCAGUGCACGGAACGCUUUCCGCGGUCAAGGAUGGUCCGCAUAACCUUCAAAAUGUCAUACACAGCGUCGAAGAGCUGAAGAACAUACUCGAGCGAGUAGAAAACAUCCUGCGCUCCGGGUCAAACCGCGGCGACGUCGACCUAAUUGCAUUCUCUGGAUUCGCCGAGAGGUGUGCGGAGGACAUGAGGCGUUUUGACGAGGGCAUCGGAAAGCUCAUCGUCUCGCCAAAGUCGAAGAAGUUAGGAAGGUUCUGGAAGCGACUGAAGACUGCACUAGAUGAGAAAGAGUUGGAUCGCAUGCGGAGUAUUCUUCAAAGUCACACGUCGAGCCUCGCUUUGCGAAUUAUAACAUAUCAGAGUGCACAGACGUCGGCUUCAGCUUCACAGAUCUCGCGGAUACAGGACAUUGUGGAGACAUUGGGAGACCACUUCAGUCGUCUGAAUCAUCACGAGAGCCACCCGAAAAGCUUGCUAUCUCACGGUGCGGAAGGCACGACUGCGUUGCAGAUUAAGCCCACGUGGACAAGUGAAUUAGAGCACAGCAUAUCUAGGCUCUGCGAUCUGGUAGAUGCGGAAGGACAAACAAGAGACUCUGAUUAUGCCGAACAAUUAAUAGAAGACCUCAAGAAGCUAUUGGAUACUGCUUAUAAUCUUGAAUCCCAGAUACCAGAGAUCGGAAGUGCAGCGGAGACAUCUCUUGGGUCAUACGUCGAACCAGCGUCAAAUCUAGCUAAAGAACUCAAGCUUGCCUCAAGCCUGGUUUCCUCCGCCCCUUUCAUAUCCAUCAACAGUAAAGAGCAAGCCAAGCGCUACAAAUUCAACUCCCCGCCAGAGAUGUUCACACAGCAACAGCGCAAGCGAAAAUUCAUUGAUAUGGAACAUGGGACCCUGACGGUCACGACGAACAAGCGCUGCCGAAUCACCAGGAGUCAGAGAGAUCGCACACUGAGCCAGACGACUCCUGGUACGGCAACACAUGCGGUCAGGAAUCCCUCAAUGUGCAAGUACCUCAUCCAGAAUGGUUUGGAUGUCGAUGAAGUAGUCGGAUGGACAUCGUACGAAACAACACCAUUGCAUGAAGCAAUGAAUUACAGCAAUAGCGAAACAGCUGCGCUGCUUCUUGAAGCCGGUGCUGACCCUACUGUUGAUUUUAGAGGGACACAGAACGUCAUAUGUCGGAGUGCGCUUGGUGGCACAUCCAUGCAUGACCUAGUCCUUGGACGUAUCCUCAUUGACAGCCAUCACCUCGACGUGUUCAACCAAAGAGACGCGCAGGGUAAAACUCCAUUCCUAACCGCAUGCUCUCAUGCUGAUGCAGUACGGAGUGUACUGGAACUAUUUGUCGAAAAAGGAAGCAACAUACACGACAGAAAUUAUGACGGGGAGACCUGUUUACAUCGACUUUGUUCUAAGGACGGUUAUAGUUACAUUAUUCCCGAGAACAUGCGCGAUUGCCUCGAUUUUCUCUUAGAACAAGGCGCAGACCUCAGAGUCACAGAUGACAAGGGCCGUUCAGUUGCCGAUGUCGCAUACUCGCACAUGGGUACACGCUUCCGCGGUAUGGUUGGAGACGUUUUUGACGCUUGUCUUGCGAGACACGGGUAUGAUCUCUAUGAAUUCAGAAAAAGAAAACCUAGGGUAGCGCGGUAUAACGAGGUGUACCAGAGGAUAGAUUUUGAGCGGCUAUGGGAGGGCAUCGAAGAUCAAUGUCCUUAUUGGGAUGAUAAGCCAUGGCCAAGUGACGAGCACGAAAACUUGGAUGAGUGCGAUGAUUCAGCUUGCUCUGGGGAGAGCUUCGAGGAUGAAACAUUUAGCGAAGGAACGGACGUUGAUACUGAUAUGGAGUACGACAAAGGUGGCGACUAUUAUGGCGAUUUAUUUGAAGAGUAUGACGAAAGCGACGAGCGGUCGGGUACAGGGACAUUCAUGGCUACCGAUGAGGUUUUGGAACCAUCAGUAGAAGAGUUUGAUGAGAACGUCGUGGGGUCGUAG